UCAGCACGGAGCGCACGUUAGCCCACUUCACCCUUGCAAGAAGCCCAUACUCCGUGUCUUGCUUCCACCUAACCAACUCAUAUCUCUGAAAAAAAAACUCUACUUGCGUCCCCAAAAUCCCCUUCUAUCUCCCUCUCUUUCUCUCUCAAUUAGGGUUUGCGUUUUCACACUCUUUCCAACACCCUCCCUCUCCCUCUGCUCCACCCCAAAUCCCUUGCGUUUCAAUGCCUGCCAAAUCCGUCACUGAAUAUCAAACACUGCCUAACCAUUCCAUUAUCGACUGUAUUCGGUGCUCGAUUCAGUUCAUAUCACUUCUUCCCCUCAUUUGACUGUAGGCUUCCUACCAUGGCGCCUAGCCGCAGAAAGGGCGUCAGUAAGGCGGCGGCGGCGGCUGCCGCCUGCCGGCAGUGGAAAGUGGGCGAUCUUGUGCUCGCCAAAGUCAAGGGCUUCCCUGCAUGGCCUGCCACGGUAAGUGAGCCAGAGAAGUGGGGUUACUCUACUGAUUGGAAGAAGGUGCUUGUUUACUUCUUUGGAACGCAACAAAUAGCAUUCUGCAAUCCUUCUGAUGUAGAAGCAUUUACUGAGGAGAAAAAACAGUCUCUUCUUGGAAAACGUCAUGGAAAAGGUGCUGAUUUUGGUCGUGCUGUUCAGGAGAUAAUUGACAGUUUUGAGAAAUCAAAAAAAGAAUCUCAGAUUGAUGAAACUGGCCUUGUUGGCGAUGUUGCUAAUGCAGAUAUUUCAAAUCCUGUUAACUUAUCUGCCAAGGAUCAGACAGAUACCCCCGAGUUGACUUACACAUUACCUAAGAAUUCUUCAGAUUCUAUUACCAACAAACAUGAAGAGGUAGUAUGUGCAGCAGAGGAUGAGUCAGCUGCUGUAUAUAGAGAUGAAUCUGAUAAUAAGGAGGCAAUGUUGGGGGAGCCUACUGAUAAGGUUGCUGUGGUAAAAUCUCCUAAGCCAGUUACUUAUUCUACUCGAAAAAGGUCUGUGACUGACUUAUGCCUGCAGGGUAGCGUAAUAGAGAAACAUACCUCAGUAAGAAGGUUUAGAAAUCCAUUGCGUGCCCAAAACUUUGUGUUGCAUUAUAAUGACGGUGCACAGGGUGCUGGUGACCCAUCAACUACUGCAGCCCAGACUGCAUGUACACGAAGGAAUAAAUGUGUUAGGAAGUCUCCUGAUCUUUCUGGAUGUGAUGAUUUUGAGUCAUCUGCUUUUGUCUCGACUGGUAGCAUGGAGGACAACAGUUCUGAAAUUAUAACAACUGAUUCUGAUACAUUUAGUUUGAAUGAGGGCAGUACAAUAGAUUCAAAUUUUAAACUUGAACUCUCGGAACCUGUUGAAUGUUCAGAAGUUGAGUUGAGCAAAGGGCUUGGUCUGAAAAUAAGACCUGUAGUCAAUAAGAAAAAAAGAAAACCCAAUAGGAAAAGGGCAAUUAAUGAUGCGUCUAAGCCAACCUGUAGGACAGAGGAGGAGGCUGGUUUGCAGAAUGCCAGUCAAAGUUCACAGAAUAUUUGUGAAAAUUCAAAAGAAAGAUGCUUUGAACAAGAUGGGGAUGAGCACUUGCCCCUUGUCAAACGAGCAAGAGUCAGGAUGGGUAAAUCAUCGGUGGAGGCAGAACGUCAUAGCACUCUCCAAUCUCAAGAAAACUACUGUAAAGAAGAUACUAUUACUAACUCAGCACAUCAGAUUAUCACAUCUUCAAAUUGUGAGAAUGGUAGCCCUGCUGAUGGAGACUCAUAUGUACUGAAUGGAGCUCUGGAUAAUGUUUCUCCAAAAUUCUCAGUUCCGUGUUCCAAUACUCAGAUAUGUAAUACUAAGAAAGAUCAAACAUUCAGCUCUGUGGAUGGUGAAGCUGCUUUACCUCCAUCUAAACGCCUCCAUCGAGCUUUAGAAGCCAUGUCGGCUAAUGCUGCUGAGCUAGGCCAAGCUCAUAUGGAAGCUUCAUCAUCCACCAUAAUGACAGCAAGUGGUAUGUGCUGUAUAUCUGCUGUGAAGAGAUGUCCGAGUAUUACCAUUAAUAAUCAAGAAUGUAAUGAUUUUGGGCUGCAAAAGUUGGAUACUUUCAACAUUGAUUCGUCUCAUAUCAAUGUGAAUUCAACCAAUUCAAAUCCAAUGAUUUUAUCUGAGAAUAAAUCACCUCUUCAAGUGGGUAAGCAACAGCAUGAAACCAGCAAUGAUAUUCUCCCAGGUGCCACCAUUCAAGCUGUUGAAGAGCUUAGUGAUCAUAUGGUUUGCCAUGAAGCUGAUUUAAAAAUUCAGUCAAAUGGAGAAAAUUGUCCUAUUGUUGAUACAAAAUGCUGUGAUGAAGAAAGCAUUCAAUAUUCACCAGAUCCAUCAUUGCUUCAGAACAAUGAAGACCACAUUAGAACUUUGAGUCAUUCAAAUUCAGCAUCUGAUGCAUCAGGGCAAAAUGGAAUAAGCCUUGACCCUGUGAUGGGUGUGAAUGAAAAUGCUGCUUUAUUGCCUCAUAAUGUUGAUAUGGCUCGGAAUGAGGUUGCUGUACGUGAGGAUACAGAAUGCUUCAAGCCAGCAGUUGAUGAUAUUGGCACAGCAAAUGAUAUGCACGAGGUUGUGAAAGAGGUAAAAUGUCAAGUUCCACAGGAGGAUAUGAAUUCUGUCUCAACAUCUGAUGACUGUCUGGGUGACAAGGGUAUUUCAGACAUUCGGUCAAGUCCAUCCUUGACAGAUGGGGGUGAUUGCAUUCCGCAAGGAUCUCCUCCAACUACUUCUGUUUGCAAUGUUUCUACAUCAGACAGUAGUAAUAUUCUCCACAAUGGAAGUUGUAGCCCUGAUGUACAUUUACACCAGAAGCAAACUUUAUCUGGUCCUUUUGAUGGAUGUAAAGAUGGGUAUGUUGCAACUCAACAGUCAAGAUGUAUAGGGAAGUCAACUGAAGCAGGACGAGCUGCUUUGUUGUACUUUGAAGCAAUGCUUGGGACAUUGACAAGGACAAAGGAAAGUAUUGGUCGAGCAACACGCAUAGCUAUUGACUGUGCAAAGUUUGGUAUUGCAGAUAAGGUGAUGGAUAUUCUUGCUCAUUGUCUGGAAAUGGAGUCUAGCAUGCAUCGGAGGGUGGAUUUAUUUUUUCUUGUUGACUCAAUUGCACAGUUUUCUCGUGGCUUAAAAGGUGAUUUUUGUGGGGUAUAUUCGUCUGCCAUCCAUGCAGUCCUUCCACGACUAUUAUCUGCUGCUGCUCCUCCUGGAAAUACUGCACAAGAGAACCGUAGGCAGUGUCUCAAGGUUUUAAGGCUGUGGUUGGAGAGAAAAAUCCUACCAGUGCAUGUAAUUCGCCGUCAUAUCCGGGAACUAUCUUUAUACAGCAAUUCAGCUGCUGCUGGUGUGUUUUUGCGUCGAUCGAUGAGAACAGAGAGGGCAUUGGAUGACCCUGUUAGAGAAAUGGAGGGCAUGCUUGAUGAAUAUGGAAGCAACUCAACUUUUCAGCUGCCUGGAUUCUGCAUGCCCCGGAUGCUUAAAGAUGAAGAUGAGGGUGAAUGGAGUGAUUCUGAUGGUGGGAACUUUGAGGCUGUCACGCCAGAGCAUACUUCUGAAGUACAAGAAAUGAGUUCUGCAAUUGAAAAACACAGGCAUAUCUUGGAAGAUGUUGAUGGUGAACUUGAAAUGGAAGAUGUAGCUCCCUCAAAUGAAGUUGAAAUCAAUUCGACUUCUGAUGUUGGUGGAGAAACUGCAAAGCAGUUUGAGAAGAAUCUGGCCCCGCCCUUUGCUCCUCUACCACAGGAUGUGCCUUCAUCUUCCCCACCACCACUACCACCGUCAUUCCUUCCUCCACCUCCUCCUCCACCCCCACCCCCACCCCCAGUUCUACACCACAUGCCAUCUACCUCUGAUCCAUAUAACACCGUAGUUAAUUCAGAAGGCUAUACUGUUUCACAGACUCUUAAAGACAACCCACUUCCCUCUGUGGUUCAGCCCAUGGCUGCCCCUAGGCAUAACCAACCUAUCAAUGAUGCAGUGCACAAUCGAGUCCCUGAAUACAGAGACAUGCACAUGCCAGAAUCUAAUUGUUCUUUCAACCGUUUUCCUGUACCUCCUCCAGACAAUUAUGGACAUACUGAUGGUGUUGCUAUGCGUAAUAAGGGGUAUUCUAUUCGGCCACCUCAACAUGUGCCGUCCAAUCAGUUUUCUUUUGUUAAUGGGGAGCGGCAUGUGGAACAUCGAAGGGAGGUUCCACCACCCCCUCCUUAUUCCAGUAGGCAGCACUUUAUGCAGAACAUGGAGAGAGAGAACUUCUAUAAUAAUAAUCAUGAGAGAAUAAGACCACCUCCUUAUGAUUACCAUGAGAGAUGGAAUAUUCCUAUGCCUUUUCCCGGUCCUCGAUAUCAGGAAAAAGGUGUGCCUGCUCCUUAUGGUUGUCAUCCGUGUGAAUCUACCAGAAUACCAGAUCAUGGGUGGAGAUUUCCUCCUCGCUCUAUGAAUCAGAGGAACUCCAUGUCCUAUAGACCACCAUUUGAAGACGCAAUUCCAGUUUCAAACAGAGGUCCAAGCUUUUGGCAGCCUAGGUGAUCAGAAUCUAGAAACCACGGCUGGAAACGGUGGUUUUCCAUUGUGUACAUGCAUGAAAAUCCUUGGAGGGGUUUCGGGGGAAUCUGCACAGGACAUAUGGAUGAUCUGCUAGGUUUUGUACAUAUGUAUUUUAGCCUCCUGUUCUGCAGAAUGCAGGGCAGGGCAGAAUGAGUGAAAGUGUAGAGUUGUUGGAGAGGGGUAACCUAUUUAGGUUCUCAUGUGUCAAAUUUUUUUCUCCAAAUUUUAUAACUUAUUUCAUGGGGAAACCCUUACAGAAGUUAGAUCAAUAUAUAUUUAUAUAUAUAUAUAUGUAAUACAUACAUACAAUUUUCAGGGUCGUUUUUUGGAACUGUACUUCCCUUACUAUAUUGAAAUUGUUCCUCUUUGAUGCGUGGUUUCCCCUACCAAGUGUUACGAUCUUAUCUUAGUGGCCGCCAACUUCAAAGUGGUCGUUUGGGCCACUUGGCUUAUUCAAGAACAGUGCCAUCAUUGACUAUCAUCAACUCAAGAUUUCAAAAUUUUCAAUUAAA